CUAGUGUCAUCAUGUCUGGCCGUGGCAAAGGCGGGAAGGGUCUGGGUAAGGGCGGCGCCAAGCGCCACCGCAAAGUCCUCCGCGACAACAUCCAGGGCAUCACCAAGCCCGCCAUCCGCCGCCUGGCCCGGCGCGGAGGAGUGAAGCGCAUCUCCGGCCUCAUCUACGAGGAGACCCGCGGUGUGCUGAAGGUGUUCCUGGAGAACGUGAUCCGCGACGCCGUCACCUACACGGAGCACGCCAAGCGCAAGACCGUCACCGCCAUGGACGUGGUCUACGCGCUCAAGCGCCAGGGCCGCACCCUUUACGGCUUCGGCGGCUGAGGUCAUUUACACAUUUUCUCUCUAAAGGCCCUUUUCAGGGCCAUCCAAUUAAGUCUUCGGAAGGGCUGCAACAUGUUAGUCAUCGUUUUGAGAGUGGGUGG